AUGUCUGGCUCAUCAACAAAGAGGCGGGCUCACAACUCCAUUCCACCAAGUGACAAGCACCCCCGCAUCGAGUCUUCAGGUAGUCAACGCGAUGCAGUCGGCAGGACUCCAGGAAACGAGGCAGCUUCUAGUACCACAGGCGAAGCUGGCAAGAUAUGUCAUGGAUGUCGCAAGAUCGAUUUGGAAUCGAUUUUCUGUGAGAACAUGCAAAAUCCAAAACUCCACAAGAUCUGGGGCGGUCGAAGGUUUUCGUUGCAACAUAUGAAUCCACAAAACAGCUGUCCUUUGUGCAAGUUCUUCAACCACGCGAAGACCCCUCCAAUAGAAGAAACCGAAACCGAUCCGAUAUACCAACUGCGUGUUUUCCCCGCAAAGAGUGAACUAGGUGCUUGGAAGCUUGACUUCGAUAACUCGCCGGGCUUUGUCGUCCUUCCUUCCAGCGGACGUUAUCCCGCCUCAUACCAAAAUACCCAAGGAAUCAUUUUGGAGCUCGACGAUUCACGUAAUAAGCUUUCGGGUCGUCAGAUCCUGCCUCGUGUCGAUCUCUCUCUUCUCAAAGGAUGGCUGGGGUUUUGUGAUAACAAUCAUAAAUCGCUCUGCAAGAAGCCCAUCUCGCAGAUGCCCCGAGGCUUCCGCGUGAUAGAUUGCUCAACGCGGAAGAUUGUGUCAUGGGAGAGUGCUGUUGACCACAAGCACUACGUUACCCUCAGCUAUGUCUGGGGAAACGCUGAGGCGGGCUAUGCGGUGUCUAAAGACUCUCUUUUGGGCCCAUUGCCCAGAGCCAUCGAGGACAGCAUUGUCUUCACAACUAGUCUCGGCUACCGAUAUCUAUGGAUAGACCGGUACUGUAUUCCUCAGGACAACAUCGCAGACAAGCAGUUGCAAAUCCAGAGCAUGGGUUUCGUCUACGAGAACGCUGCCGUGACAAUUGUCGCUGCAGCCGGCGAUGGUCCUCAUCACGGAUUACCCGGAAUCGGUGCGACGCCUCGAGAAUCCCAGCCCAGUGUAAAGAUUGGAAGCAGGACGCUCGUGUCCAUUCCAUACCCGAAGAAAGAAAUCCUGAACUCGAAAUGGAACAGCCGGGGUUGGACUUACCAAGAAGGACUCCUCUCUCGAAGAAAGCUCAUCUUCACUGACACGCAGGUGUAUUUCCAGUGUAACGCCAUGCACUGUCUCGAGAGCAUCCAAAUUCCACUCGAGAGGUUGCAUAUACACAACAAUAGCCGGAUGCAGGACGACGUGGAUAUGUCUAGAGUUUUUCCCCGCCGAGAACUCGGCAAAUCCAUCAUGGAUCUGGAUGAUCGGCUGCAAGAGUACCUGCGGCGGGAUCUCACGUUCGACAGCGACAUAUUGAAUGCCUUUAGAGGGGUUCUGUCUGCUUUUGAGCAUAGGUUCCCAAAGCGCAUGAAAAGCCUCCACGGAAUCCCAAUCUACUCAAAUCCGUUUUCGACGACCGAUUUAGAAGCUUUCGUCUUCGGCUUAUCAUGGUUGUCUCUCGGAUCCCGUGACGACCAAGAGCCGCAACGACGGCCGGAGUUUCCAAGUUGGACAUGGGCGGGCUGGAAAGUAUCAGGGGUUAUGUUCCAUUUUGGCGGCGCAACAUGGGAUGUAUCAACGCCUUCACUUGUUGAUAUAUCUGUAGAGUAUGCCGAUGGGCAAGUGCUUCCGUGGAACGGGAACCAAGACCGUAUUCUCGCUAAUGACCGCUCGGGCUCCCCUCCCAGCUUUCUCCGCAUAUGCGGCCCGACUCUUGAGGUUCAAAUAUCUCCAGAUGGCGAAAUACUAGGGGACGAUGAAGGUGGGAUUUUGGAACAGCAGAGAGCACAACUCAUGGCUAGCAGGAUUCGAGAGGCGACGCGCCGGUAUCCAUAUAGCGCUCAUCGAGCAAAGGCAAACGACGACGGGACUUUUCCGCUCACCUUUCUUGUUUUGGGCCAUUCGGAUUAUGAUAUAACUUUUCUUAUCCUCUGUCAGCCCGAGGGUUGCCUCCAUUUUGAGCGAGUUGCUUCCGGUUUUAUUGGAAAGUGCCCAGCGGAUUGGGAUUUCGAGGUAAAGCUGAUCAUGCCCGAUGCCUUGAUGGGCUGGACAAGGCGAGAGGUCCGGAUAGGAUGA